AUGAAAGGUGAAACUGGAGACGUUGGUGAUCCCGGACCAAUGGGCCCGCCUGGUAGUCCUGGAGACGAUGCUACUGGUCUUCCUGGACUUAAAGGAGAUAAAGGUGAACCAGGGUCACCAGGUCAAAAAGAACCUGGAGAACCAGGACCAAAAGGAGAACCAGGAUUGAAAGGACCUCCUGGAGAUAUUGGCCCUAGAGGAUUACCCGGAGAUAUUGGUCCCCAGGGGCCUGAAGGAUUUAGUGGCCCUCCUGGACAAGCACUACAAAGUACUUAUCUUUUCACAAGACAUUUCCAGAAUCCUGACACUGAACCUGUAUGUCCUCCUGGCUCACAAAAGAUAUCAGAAGGAUACAGUUUUGUAAUGGCCAAUGGUAACGGUGAACUUGUCACAAUGGAUCUAGGUUCACACAGUUCAUGUUUAAAUAUGUUCAGUAUAAUGCCAUUUUUCCAAUGCCUUCGUGAUGGAUCAUGUCAACUUGGUGUUCGAGCUGAUCGUUCAUAUUGGCUAGCUACCACAGAACCACUUCCUAUGAUGCCAUUGGAUGUAAGUGAAGUUCGUCGUAGAGUUGCACGUUGUGUUGUCUGUGAAGCACCAACACAGCCUUAUGCUUUUCAUGCACAAGCAAAUCAACUUCAAGAAGUUAACUGUCCUGAUGGUUGGGCAAGACUUUGGGAUGGAUAUAGCUUCGUGAUGCAUAGUGUUGGAAGUACUGGUGGUGGUCAACAACUUUCAUCUCCAGGCAGUUGUCUUGAAUAUUUUAGUUAUUCACCAUUAUUAGAAUGUAAUAAUGGUAUGAGUUUAUGUAAUUAUUGGUCUGAUGCAAAAGCUUAUUAUCUACGUCAUGUGAGUAAUAAUACAGAAUUUCAAAAACCUAUAGGACAAUAUAUUACAGAUCAUUUACCAGAUGAGACAAAAGUAUUACGAGAGAUAAGUCGAUGUCGUGUUUGUGUGAAAUCACGAUUUCAAUCAUAUUUUGUUUAA